AUGCCAGACCAACAACUCGCGCUCGUUAUCCCAUCCAAGCAAGCGUCAUUUGAAGUCACUGGCCGCAAGAUACCCCAGCCAGGCCCUGGUGAAGUCCUCGUCAAACUUCAGGCUACUGCGCUCAACCCCUUCGAUGCGAAAAUCCACAAGGAUGGUACAUUCGUCGACAGCUAUCCUGCGGUGCUGGGUACCGAUGGUGCCGGCACCGUAGAAGAAGUCGGAGAAGGUGUUACAAAAUUUGAUCCAGGAGAAAGAAUAUUCUUCCAUGGUGCCUUUGACGAUAACGAUUUGGCAACAUUCCAGCAGUAUUGCGUGGUCACGACUGAUUUCGCAGCUAAGGUCCCGAGAAGCUUAUCGCUCGACCAGGCGUGUACCAUUGCAUGCGGAAUGGGCACAGCCGCAAUCGGGAUGUACGUUAUCCAACUCGCGAAGAUGUCAGGCUUCUCACCCAUAAUUACCACUUCCUCGCUGAGGCAUACGGAACAUCUGAAGAGCAUUGGUGCAACCCACGUCAUAGACAGAUAUCUUUCCCUGCCGGCACUGAAGCAGGCCGUGAUGAAAAUCACGGGCUCUCGCAUACAUAUCAUGUACGACUCCAUAUCUAUCAAGGAGACGCAGGAAGCCGCCUGGUCGUUGCUUGCGCCUGGGGGGAAGCUCGUUGUCACGCAGCCAUCCCUGAUCAGCAAGGAUAGCAACGACUUCACUGGCAGGCAUGUGGUUCCCGUAGACGGAAGCCCGCAAUCGGAUGAGAACUGGGAAACGGGGAAGAGGCUGUGGGCUCAUCUUGAGAGAUGGGUGGAAGAGGGUCACAUACGAGUAAGUAUUUAUCAGAAUCUUACUUCUGGCCAAAUCCACGUCGAACUAUUACAUGGCGGGCUACAUGCAAUACCAGAAGCGCUCGCGAGAUUUAACGCAGGGAAGGUAGACGGGGUAAAAAUGGUAGUUCGCCCGCAAGAUACGUGA